AUGCCACCCGAAGUUCCUAAAGAAGAUGGCAGACCGAAGUGGGACAAUAAGUUCCAGUAUAUCUUAAGUUGUAUCGGAUUUGCUGUCGGCCUGGGGAACGUGUGGCGGUUUCCAUACUUGUGCCAGAUACACGGAGGCGGGGCAUUCCUGAUCCCAUACUUCAUCGCUCUUAUCUUCGAAGGAAUCCCACUGCUGCAUCUUGAGCUUGCCCUAGGGCAGUGCCUGCGGAAAGGCAGCAUCAGAGCCUGGCACACUAUCUCACCUUACCUGGGAGGAGUUGGAGUUGCUUCAUUGAUGGUGUCGAUCCUGGUGAGCUUAUACUACAACACCGUUCUAACCUGGGUGAUGUGGUACUUCAUCAACUCUUUCCAGGAACCCCUUCCAUGGAGCAUCUGCCCUCUAAAUGAAAACAGAACAGGGCUCAAUGAAGAAUGCUAUGAAAGUACUGCAGUCAAUUAUUUUUGGUACAGGAAAACUUUGAACAUAACACCUGACGUCACCGACAGCGGCUCGUUACAGUGGUGGCUUGUUUUGUGCUUAGCAACUUGCUGGGCAAUUGUGUAUCUCUGCACCAUUCGAGGGAUUGAAACCACAGGAAAGGCAAUUUAUGUAACAGCAAUAUUUCCUUACCUGGUCCUAACUAUAUUCCUUAUUCAUGGACUCAGUCUACCAGGAGCCACUGAAGGUCUAGCGUACCUUUUCACCCCUAACCUGAACAUCCUGAAAAAUCCUCGUGUAUGGCUUGAUGCAGCCACUCAGAUUUUCUUCUCUCUUUCUUUGGCUUUUGGAGGGCUUAUUGCGUUCGCAAGCUACAAUCCAUCAAAAAAUGACUGCGAAAAGGAUGCUGUGACAGUAGCAAUUGUGAACAGCAUAACAUCCCUCUAUGCUUCCAUCCCAGUCUUUUCUGUUUUGGGGUUUAAAGCAAUCACAGGCUAUUGGGACUGCUUGGACAGGAAUAUUAUCAGUGUCAUCAAUGAAUAUGAUCUUCCAGAACAAAGCAUUACGCGGCAGAACUAUACGGACUGGAUUAUGUUCCUGAAUUCAUCAAAUCCAGAAAAACUUGCUGGUCUCAAACUGAAAAGCUGUGACCUUCAAGAAUUUCUUGAUCAGAGUGUAUCAGGAUCUGGCCUGGCUUUCAUCGUGUUCACUCAAGCCAUUAUCCUAAUGCCGGGCUCACAGGCCUGGGCCAUCCUGUUUUUUGUAAUGUUGUUCAGCUUGGGCCUCUCCUCCAUGUUUGGAAACAUCGAAGGAGUCUUCACUCCUCUUCUAGAAGUUCAAGUUAUAUCUAAGUCAAUACCUAAGGAGCUUUUGUCUGGUAUAAUAUGUCUAGCUUCCUUCCUUUUUGCUCUAUGUUUUACGUUGGGUUCAGGGAGUUACUGGAUUGACAUUUUUGACAGCUACGCAGGGUCGCUGCCUCUUCUAGUCAUUGCUUUCUUUGAGGUGACUGGGGUUGUGUAUGUCUAUAAAAUUAAAAGGUUCAGUAAAGAUGUGAAAUGGAUGACUGGACGAAAACUAAAUCUGUACUGGCAAAUGACAUGGAGGUUUAUAAGCCCUCUGCUCCUGCUAAUUGUCUUUGUGGCCUUCGUUACUCUUCAGAUACAGAAGACGCCAACCUAUACAGCCUGGAACCCCAAAUAUGAACACUUCCCUAUGAAGGAACAGAAAGUCUAUCCACCUUGGGUGCAAGCUAUCUGUGUGAUUUUGGCUGCUCUUCCUUGUAUAUUUGUACCUCUGGUAGCACUCAUCCAGAUCAUCAAACGGAUGUGCAGAAGCAAGGACCCAAGCCUUGUACAGCCAGAAAUGUUUUAAUGUCAAGAGAUUAACAGCAACUUUUCUCAUCCCCAAAAAAUAAACAUUCUAUCUGUCUGUAAGUAAAGAUGACAGCUUUUGUUAGAUGGGAUUAGAUGUGUCACUCAGCUAACACGGUUAAUGCAAUUCUGCUUACAGCCUAUCAUUAGCGGUCUAUAACAGUGCUAUGUUUCCUUUAUUUUCAACCAGUUUCACAACACUUGUUGCACCUGCAUCCUGUCCUGAAUCCUACCUACCAACAAGCACCAACUCCACUGCCUUAGUUCUUUUCACACAUUACUAAUUUCAUGUCUCCCUGCAGCCAGAUUUUAUAA